CGAUAGCAGCACGGUACCCAAUAAAACACCAAAGCACGAACGAAACCACAGCGGACAGCAACCAAUCCACCAACGACCAUGAUCCUCAGGAACCUGCAGCUGAACGGGAAAGACAGGAGGGAGCUCCACGGCAAAUUGUUCCACGGUGCCGAUCGGGGGGCCCACGCCUCCCUGACCCUGAGCAAUAUAUCUACCAGCUUUGACGACGACGACGAAACCGACGACGCCGCCUGCGGCAGGCAUCGGUCCAAGAGCCCCGGGGCGGGAAGCCUAAACUGCGAUUUUCUGAUGGAGACCGACCCGGAGAGAGACUCCAUCGGCGAGUCGAGGAUCGAAGAACUGACGAUCGAGCGGUGCCGCCUCGACCUGGAGGGCGCCCGGGUGCUGGGAAAGGCCCUGGAGAGCUCCUGUAGCGCCGUCUCGGGCCUCCGUUCCCUCAAGAUGGACGGCGUGGUCUUCUCGGACGGGGGCUGUUCCCUCAACGAGUCCGGCCUCCUCCUGCCGAUCCUCGAGGGGAUCGCCUCCGCCAGGGGGGGAAGCCCGGAGGCCAUCGAGCUCCGGAGGGUCCCCCUGCCGGCGGCCCCCGAACUCCGGCGGAGAUUCUUUGCGGCCCUCGGCCGGUGCAAAAACCUCCGGUCGCUGCGGCUGGUCAACUGCGACGUUCGAACGGAGGACGCCCCCGGGCUGGCGGAAGCGAUCGCCUCCCUCUCGGACACGCUCAAGUCCCUGGACCUCUCCCGGAACGACGUGGACGGGUCGGGUCUGAAGACGCUGCUGGAAGAAGGACUGAGGGGCCACGGGAGCCUCGAGCGCCUGAUACUCUCCCACAAUCCCAUCGGAGACGACGGGGCGAUCCAUCUGUCGCGCUUUUUUUCUCGAGCCUCCAACCACUCCACUGCAAGAGCUGCAGCUACAGCUACAACGACGGAUUCAAACGAGCACGCGAGAACCAGGAUUAGCUCCCUGUGGCUGGUCGACUGCGACACGUGGUCGGCCGGCUGCAGCGCCCUCUCCGAGGGCCUCCGGGACUUUGACACCCUGAGCGAGCUGGUCGUCGACGGGGAGUGGGACAACCACCUGGGGGCGGUCCUGGAGUCCCUGCGGACGAACGUCGUGCUGAAGCAGCUCUGGAUCGUCUCCACGGACCACCCCUGCUGCGGCGACGACAGCGGCAGCGACGACGAGGCCCCGGACCACGAGAGGAUCCUCCUGCGGGAACAGAUCGACUACUACCUGGCGCUGAACCGGGCCCACCGCCGCGUUUCGGUCGAGCCGGGCCUGUCCUUUCGGCUGUGGCCGACCGUCCUGGCGGGACCCCCGGGGGGAGGGGAGGGCCCCCCCAGGGGGACGCCUUCCAAGGCCGCUGCGGCCAACGCCAACCUGUGGUACCACCUGCUGCAGCGCCGGCCCGAGCUGGUGGCGGCGGCGGAGUAGCACCGCACGGAACGGGCAGAGGAUGGGUUGGUUGGUUGGUUGCGGCGAGAGGCCGGUUCGUUCACGCACCGGUGGAACUACAAUCGCAAACAAGAACAAGGCCGCUUGUGUGUGUCACCACCUGCUCUCAUCGAAUCUUUUUCAUAGCUAGUGGCACUUUGCUGGAACGGAUUGGAUCCGUUUCGAUACAUUCUUGCAUCAUGACUAUAAUAGUAUUAUGAUUCAUAUUUCCAAAUGCCACGCCACGCCGGCAACUGCAUAGAUC